AUGGCGACCAGGACCCUCCCCACUCACCUCAAGCCGCACGACAGCAGCAGCGGCGAUGAUAUCGAGUUUGCCAAGAGGCAUCAUGGCAAGACAAGAUCGCACAUGCACAGCCAAGGCCCAGGCGGGCGAGUUCCUGGACAUUGGGAGGACAAGUCCGAUCUCGCCCGUAUCAGAGCUGCCAGAAAGAGAGGAUGGCAGGAAAUCGGGAGAAUCAACGGUCUCCAGGGGACCGGCCGUGCUACAGUCGACGUGGCGAAGGGACUCGCGGCCUGUAUACCAGUCGUUGUCACAAAACCGGCGUGUCGAGCUGGAAUAGCUGAGCGCAACGCCACUAGGACUCCGUGGGCCUUCGAGAACACCUCGACCAACAUUGCCGCGGCUCAGAUGCGCAAUGCCCUCACAAACCUGGCCGAGACAGUGAAGGACCCGGAGCAGAAGAAGAGGUUCGAGAGUGAAAUGGACAACUUCUUCCAGCUGUUCCGUCGGUACCUGAACGACAAGGCUAAGGGCAACGAAGUUAACUGGGACCGCAUUGCUCCUCCCGCUAAGGACCAGGUGAUUGAAUACGAUGACCUUCCGGCAGUUGAGUCGCCUGAGUUCCUCAGCAAACUUGCUGUGCUCAAGCUCAACGGUGGUCUGGGUACCUCGAUGGGUUGCGUCGGCCCCAAAUCGGUUAUCGAGGUCCGCGACGGCAUGACCUUCCUUGACAUGACUGUGCGCCAGGUCGAGCACCUCAACCGCACAUAUGGCGCCAACGUGCCCAUCGUCCUGAUGAACUCGUUCAACACGGACGAGGACACUGCUGCCAUCAUCAAGAAGUAUGAGGGCCAUGGUGUCGACAUUCUGACCUUCAACCAGUCGCGUUAUCCGCGCAUCUACAAGGACUCGCUCCUACCGGUGCCUAAGUCGUUCGACUCGCCGCUGGAGGGUUGGUAUCCUCCGGGCCACGGCGACGUCUUCGAGUCGCUAUACAACUCGGGCAUCUUGGACAAGCUGCUGGACCGCGGCAUUGAGAUCAUCUUCCUGUCCAACGCGGACAACCUGGGCGCCGUCGUUGACCUGCGCAUCCUGCAGCACAUGGUGGAGAGCAAGGCUGAGUACAUCAUGGAGCUGACCAACAAGACUAAGGCCGAUGUCAAGGGUGGUACCAUCAUCGACUACGAGGGCAGCGUUAGGCUGCUCGAGAUUGCGCAGGUGCCCAAGGAGCACGUCAACGAGUUCAAGUCGAUCAAGAAGUUCAAGUACUUCAACACCAACAACAUCUGGAUGAACCUCCGCGCCAUCAAGCGCGUCGUUGAGAACGACGAGCUCGAGAUGGAGAUCAUCCCCAAUGCGAAGACCAUCCCCGGCGACAAGGCCGGCGAGUCCGACAUCAACAUCCUGCAACUCGAGACGGCCGUCGGUGCCGCCAUCAAGCACUUCCGCGGUGCCCACGGCGUUAACGUGCCGCGCCGGCGCUUCCUGCCGGUCAAGACGUGCUCCGACUUGAUGCUCGUCAAGUCGGAUCUGUACACGGUCAAGCAUGGCCAGCUGCACAUGAACGCGCAGCGCUUCGGCGACGCCCCGCUCAUCAAGCUCGGCUCGCACUUCAAGAAGGUGUCUGACUUCCAGAAGCGGAUCCCGUCCAUCCCCAAGAUCAUCGAGCUCGACCACCUCACCAUCACGGGUGCCGUCAACCUCGGUCGUGGUGUCACCCUCAAGGGUACCGUCAUCAUUGUAGCCACCGAGGGUCAGACCAUCGAUAUCCCGCCGGGCUCGAUCCUGGAGAACGUAGUUGUCCAGGGUAGCUUGCGGUUGCUUGAGCAUUAA